AUGGAGCGAUCCGCCGCCACUUCAACACAUAAACAAUGGAGAUACAGGGCAAAUUUGCAAAGGAGAAGGUAAUUUGUCCCACAAGCUUGCUUAAAAUAAAAGAACUAGACAUAUUUGUGUCUACAGUGAAUACUAAAGAACAAUAAUAGCCAUUCUUGCAAGCUUUUUGGUGAGAAAAAAGCGUUUGGAAUUUAUUUUACACGGCCUUUUCGAAGAGAAAAAAUUCGCAAGCCAAAUGAAAAGGGAAAGAAGUGUGUCCUCGGUAGUAUAGUGGUAAGUAUCCGCGCCUGUCACGUGCGAGACCCGGGUUCGAUUCCCGGCCGGGGAGGAAAUCUUUUUGAAAUCGAAUACAAUAUCUAUCUACCAAUCUGCAAUAUCGAAUGCAGACAAAUCGUAUCUUACAUUUCUUUUUUAGCUUCAUAUCGCACAUUUUAUUGCCUCAAAUCUUCAAUAAUUCCAAAGUUUUCCUCUUUAUCCAUGAUCACAAGUCCAGAUACCUCUCUCAAGUGCUUUAUGACAGACUAAUAGACUAUGAACGACGGUUUAAGUGCGGAGAUGAUGGACGAGGAAACCAAAUGGAGUCACCGAGAGGUACCCAACCUGCCUUGGAAUUGUCAUUUCCUCGGACUUUGUUUUAUGUAAGGCCCAAACAAACAAAAUCGUUAUUUUCAGGCUUUCUCUUGCUCAUCGACGAUCGGACAAAGUGCAAUUCGACCAGAGACAAGCCGAGGAAGAGCCACUUCGUUUGCAUUUUCAUUAUUGGGAAUCCCUUUGACAUUGUUGGUAAUCAAAGAUCUCGAAGGGAUUAUAUUGAAGAUUCUGGUGAUCAAGUGCACUACAAUAUGUAAAAUUGUCCCCAAAAACUGUUUGUUAUACAAUUUUUAGGUCGAAUAUUCCAUAUUAUCCGCUACUGUAGCUUGCGAACAGUGACCGAAACCGAAAUUCGUCGAAAUUUCAAACAAAAUUCAACUCCAGCUCUCGUCAAUUCGAUAGUAUCUAUCAAAUCUCCGGCGAUGAAUGUCGCUGCGAGACUUAGUUUUGUCCCCAUACCAGUGGUCAUGAUCAAUUUGGUCCUAUGGAUUGGAUUAGGGACUUUUAUUAUGAACGAAUACUCUACUGCAGGGAAUGGCGCAAGUUACGAAUUGCUGGCCUUUAACCUAUUCAGCGCAAUCAGCACCAUUAAUUUCGGAUAUUGGGCGGCGGAAGACAACCUAUUCUUUGUUCUGGGGACAAUUAGUUAUGUUCUAAUUGCACUUUCCAUGAUUUCUUUACUCAUCAAUCUUAUCCAUGCAAAGUUUGUUUUCAAAUAUUGGAGGGAAGAACGGAGGAAAGUAAUGAAAAAACAUGUGGAUUCAGAGAGAACAGGGUUAAUUCUAAAUGACGACGAGGACGAUGGAACGUUCUGCGAUGAAUACGAAACGGAGAAUUUCUUUGACACCUCUUUCUGCAGCUACAACACUAUUGGAAUUUUUCAAACCGAGGUAAGAGAAAUACGACAAAGAAGUUCUAGACGAUCGGAAAAUCUGUUUGUACUAAACUCUCUCGUUCAGGACCGCUUUCGUCUCUUCUCGGAAAUCAAGUGUAUGGUGGAUUCGGAGACUCAAACUGAUCCCAGACCAUUCAAACCAAUCGAUCUGAACAUUCCAAAACGCCCAUUACUCGUUGGACAUCGCGACUACAUGUCUCACGAUGAUGUAAACUCCCUAUUGCGCGAGAAUUAUCGACGGCCACGAAAAGAGUGGAUCUAG